UAUUUUUUUUUUUAUAAAUAAAAAGGUAGCAAACACAUACUUAACUUCAUCUGGCGCCUUCCCCUUCGUGAAGUUUCUUCAAUCGACCCGCAAACAAACACCUCCUUUCCUAAUUCUUUAUCUCAGUCUUCGUCAGUACACUGUCCUGCUGUUCGCCAUCAUCGUCAAUCGAUUCAUCAAUCCUUGGCUUCAAGAAAUCCCAAAACUCCAAAAGGACCUGACAGCUGACAUACGUGUUUAUGUUUUCUUUUGCUUAGAGCAUUGCCUCUUUCCAAGUACAGGAACCUGAAGUGAUUCGAGUGUUGGUGACUGUAAUCAUAACCCACAAAGAUAAUGUCUGAAGCGAACACUUCAUCCAUCUUCCACCAAAAAAACUCACGACUCCCCGAAGACACAGUCUUCUUCUCCAUAUUCCCCGAUUUUUCUCUUUCAGCCGACAUUAAACCCCAAACUCCUAAAACAAACCCUCUUAUAUUCUCACAACUCCAAUCUCUCCACCUUCAAAUCCUUCAAUCUCUCUCCUCCUACACCACUAACUACAUAUGGCAACACGAACCCUUCACUCUCUCUUCCUCCACUCAAUCACCAUGUGCCACCUGUCCUCCUUCUUCAAACCACAUCCCACAUCUUCACGGAAAACUUAGGUACGGAGACAAUCUUGAAGACGAAUGGUUCGUUGUGUUCCUUCUCUUCGAAACCUCACGCAAAUUCCCAAACCUCUCAAUCUGUGUGUGGGAUACAGACGGCGAGUUUCUGUUAAUCGAAGCGGCUUUCCAUCUCCCAAAGUGGCUCAACCCGGAAACCAGCACGAACCGUAUUUUCAUCCGUGGUGGCGAUUUACAUAUAGUUCCGAAAAGUCACUUCCCCUCGGUUCCUACUCUAUUCGAUUCACUUUCUUACGUAUUAACACACGAGGAGCAAACCAAAGCUCCGAGCUCGGUUCAACUCGCCAUCAAAAACCGAAUCGGAGAUUAUCCCGAUAGGGCGGUUAAGAAUAUGCAUCGUGUUACGGUUAGGGUUCCGGUAUCUGUGGCAAAGAUCUUGAAACACGAACCGUGUUUGAUUUCACUAGCAGUGGAAGGGUUUUAUGACCGAGACAUUGAUUCGAUGAAAUACGCAGCGCGUAUGGAACGGUUUUUGCCAAAUAAAAGUAGUGAAGAGAUAGUUGAAGUAUCGGUGGUGAUGUCACGCGCAAUGUAUGCACAGUUGAUGCAACAAACGUUUCAAGCCCCGAAGGGUUACCCAAUGCCGCCAAGGAGUGACGGUGGCUAUACUGCAGCGGAAUUGGGCAUGAAGAUAGCAUGCGGGUUUGAAAUGAUUUAUCAGAUGAAAAAACGAAACGGGUUGGAAGGGAAAGGUGGCACUUGGGAGGUUUAUAAAGAGAGUUUAGAGAAAAACGGGUACUUUGACGGGUUGCUUCCCGGGUCAAAGGAGUACAAAAGAUUAAUGGAGAAUGCACAAGAAUAUUACCAAAAAAGUUCUUUACAUCAUAGAGAAAGUGAAAUACUGAGUGCUCCGGUUAGGCGUAUAGACGAUAUACUUUCUCAACCUUUUUCGGUAGAUGAAUUUAAGGGUCAAGAAAUUCCUCCAUCGGAUGAUGAUUCGUGGCUUUACAACGGUGAGGAUGAAUUAAAUGCUGCUCUUUCCGAGCGGCAACAAGAGAUGGAGUAUUAUAACACGAAUCGUAAAAAGAAUAGUAAGUCGAAAGAGCAGGAGGAUGUGGGCCCCUCGUCUUCCUCAAACGUAGACAAUUAUGAUCUUGGUGAUAUAGCAAAAUCUAUGCAAGAAUUUAUUGACAAGAUGUCUAGCUUUGAGGGAGCAGAAGUUCCUUCAGACAGGAAUUCAAAAGAUGUGGAUAUUGACGUGGAACGCUUUAUGAAAGAGAUUGAGUCGGUUAUGAAGCCUACAAAAGCAGCACGUGCUGAUGGAGAUUAUGACGUUGAUGAAGACCUUUCCUCUGACAUGGAUAUAGAUGAUCCAGACGGCAGCGAUACCAAAGAGGAUGAAGAUGAACAAACCGAUUUCAUGGAAUCUUAUUCUGAUGCUCUGACUAAGGAACUCAAGAGCACUACACUCGACAAAAGUUUUGUUCGCGCAAAUGAUCCACCCGUAAAGAAGGAUGAGGGAGCAUCUGGAGAGAUGGAUGAUGACGAGUUCACUCUGGUAGAUGUGGAUUUGAACCUUGUAAAGAGCUUUCUUGGUUCGUUUUCUUCUCAAGAGGGACUACCGGGACCUGCUUCGAAUCUGCUUGGUCUCAUGGGCCUUCAACUCCCACAAGACGACAACAAGGACAAAUGAUUAUAUGUUUGUAUGAAAUACUUGAUCUUGUGUUAGCCUUUUGAUUGACCCCCCUGCAAGUUUUGAUCGUAUUACUUGACGGAUAUGAAAUAGCAUAUUGUGUUUCUUGCAUCAUUGAAGUUUAAGGUUAUCGGAUUCGAUUUCAGAAAAUCGGGUUCGAAAGAGUUGAAUUCGAACACUUGACACACUGUUUGGUGUGGUUUGAUACUUUGACUUCAUCUUUAUUGUUUAUUUUUGGUUGCUAAA